AUGGUAGGAGAAAAACAAUUGGAAAAUCCUUUAUAUGGAAAAUUUAGGAUCAAGGGACUUCCAUUUGCUCACAAGUUGAUUGAACUUUUUAAGGAUGUAGUUGCUAAUGGAGAGUUCCAAUGGGCUCCCUCGUCUGGGAUAUUGCCCGUUAGUGUUGAGGUUGAUAUGAAUGAUGGGUACCAUCCAAGUCUUGAAGGCAUUGGCCUAGAUUUAGAGGAAGGCUCAAGUGAUAGUGAAGAUGCAAGUGUUGGUGCAAUAGAUGCUUUUGAGGGAAUUCAUAUGAAUGAUUCACAAGGAACUAUUAGCCAAGGAAUUGUUAGUCAAAAGAGUAGGAAAAAGAGAAAGGGAAUCAAUCACACUAAAAAGUUAGCAAGAAGAAGGCAACUACCUCUUAAAGAAUAG